AUGUCUCCAUGCUAUUGGCUGGCUCUGUUUGCUCUAGUCCCCUUAACUCUGGCCACCAACCCUGGAGUCAAGGUCAAACUCACAGACAAGGGCAUUGACUAUAGUAGGUUUGAGGCAGGGGCAAUAAUAUUGCAUGGUUUUAUAUCAAGAUGAGGCUAUGUAUUGUGAUCAUGUGGCAGAGGUACAGUAAAUGCUGCUGUACAGUGAAAGGCCCCUUGCACAGUCUUCACAUUUUGCUGCCUUAAAACUUUCUUUAAAAUGAUCUAGACAACCUACUCAAUUUUCAAUGCGAAAGAAAAAAAAAAGAACAUUUUCCAAAUUAGUAAUAAAAAAAUAAAAAGAGCUGUCUUGAUUGCAUAUGUCUUCAUACCCCAGAGUUAGUAUUGGUGGAAGCACAUAUGGCCGCCAUUACAGCUUCUAAUGAGAUUCUAGCAACUUUCCACAACUCUAAGGAUAAUAUAUAUCCAUUGUUUUUGUCAAAAUUGCUCAAGCUCUUAACAUGAUGCUGCCACCCCAAUACUUGAAAAUACAGAGGGUUUCACUCUGUGUUGUGUUGUAUUGGAUUUGACCCAAAACUGUAGUUUUUAAUUUAGGCCAAAAAGUUAAUUUCUUUGCCGUGUUGUCUUGCAGUAUUCCUUAACAGCCUUUUUGUAAAGAGAAUCGAGGAUUUUUAGCACAGGCUUCCUUCUUUUCACUUUUUCAUACAGGCCAGUAAUGUGGAGAGAAUGCAAUGUUGUUGAUCCUCUGUAUUUUCAAGUAUUGUGGUGGCAGCAUCGUGUUAAGGGUAUGCUUGUCACCAGCAGGGACUGGGGAGUUUCUUAGGAUCAAAAUAAAUAUGAACGGAGCAAAGCCCUGGUAAGUUACAAACAGCGGGACAAUUACACACAUUUUAAUGCCAGACACACAAGCAUGGCUUUCCAAGUGAUGUUGAGUGAUCCUGAGUGGUCCAGUCUGCUUAAAAAACAUACACAAAUAUUGCUUUUCUUUCACUUUGCCUUGUUUAAGGCAGCAUAAUGUGAAGACUAGGCACUGUACACUAUACUCCUCACAGCCCAUACUGCCUCAAUGCUUUGCUCUGUCCCAUUCAUAGGUGAACAGAUUGGGAUGGCAUCUCUGCAGCAGAAACUUAAGACCAUUAAGGUCCCAGAUCUUUCUGGAGAAAAUUUAGUGUGACCAUUGGCAAGGUCAAGUACAGCUUGACAGGGUAAGGGAACAAAUCAAAAGUCUCCUUUUCAAAUACAUUGCAGUCAAAUACAUUGUCUGCAUCUCUUGGUUGAUAAUCAACUGUGCUUACAAAUGCUAUAGUGCUCACAACACGCCCCUAUCCUACCAACUAUGUACUGUGUUCUAUCCUCCAGAAUGACGAUAGUGAAUCUGGGACUUCCCAAGUCUGCUUUGGUACUGGUGCCAGGUACUGGAGUCAGCCUGGCUAUUACUAAUGCCUUCCUCAGCCUGCACGGGAACUGGACGGUCCGAUACCUCAGGUUCAUGUGAGUGCAUGAGUGUUCUUCUUCCCUGGUUCUAGGGAACCACUGGGUUGUGCAGGUUUUUGUUCCAGCACAUGACUAGCACACUAGCCACUUAAAACACUGUACAAUUUCCUCUUGGGUCUAUCCAUACUCCAAGGAGCUCAAUCAACAGUUCUUACUUUCUGUGUGACAUUAUAGAAAAGACCGUGGCUCCUUAGACCUGGUGGUAAAUGGACUCACCAUCACUGCCAGUAUUGCACCCAAGAGUGAUAAGACUAGCAGGCCAACGGUCAGCAGUGUCAACUGUGUGGCCAACGUGGGCAGCGCCAGCAUCAAGUUCCAUGGUGGGGCCAGGUAACUGGAGUACAUACACUACCGUUCAAAAGUUUGGGGUCACUUAGACAUUUCCUUGAUUUCCAUGAAAACAUACAUGAAAUAAGUUUGAAUAGGAAAUAUAGCAAAAUGAAUAGGAAAUGUAGUCAUUGACAAGGUUAGAAAUAAUAAUUUUUAAUUGAAAUAAUAAUUGUGUCCUUUGUUUUCGUCAAAUAAUCCUCAAUUUGCAGCAAUUACAGCCUUGCAGACCUUUGGCAUUCUAGUUGUCAAUUUGUUGAGGUAAUCUGAAGAGAUUUCACCCCAUGCAUCCUGAAGCACCUCCCACAAGUUGGAUUGGCUUGAUGGGCACUUCUUACGUACCAUACGGUCAAGCUGCUCCCACAACAGCUCAAUACGGUUGAGAUCCGGUGACUGUGCUGCCCACUCCAUUAUAGACAGAAUACCAGCUGACUGCUUCUUCCCUAAAUAGUUAUUGCAUAGUUUGGAGCUGUGCUUUGGGUCAUUGUCCUGUUGUAGGAGGAAAUUGGCUCCAAUCAAGCUCCGUCCACAGGGUAUGGCAUGGCAUUGCAAAAUGAAGUGAUAGUCUUCCUUCUUCAAGAUCCCUUUUACCCUGUACGAAUCUCCCACUUUACUACCACCAAAGCACCCCAGACCAUCACAUUGCCUCCACCAUGCUUGACAGAUGGCAUCAAGCACUCCUCCAGCAUCUUUUCAUUUGGUCUGCGUCUCACAAAUGUUCUUCUUUGUGAUCCGAACACCUCAAACUUCGAUUAGUCUUCCACUCUGUCCAGUGUCUGUGUUCUUUUGCCCAUCUUAAUCUUUUCUUUUUAUUGGCAAGUCUGAGAUAUGGCUUUUUCUUUGCAACUCUGCCUAGAAGGUCAGCAUCCCGGAGUCGCCUCUUCAUUGUUGAUGUUGAGACUGGUGUUUUGCGGGUACUAUUUAAUGAAGCUGCCAGUUGAGGACCUGUGAGGCACCUGUUUCUCAAACUAGACACUCUAAUGUAUUUGUCCUCUUGCUCAGUUGUGCUCCGGGGCCUCCCACUCCUCUUUCUAUUCUGUGAAGGGAGUAGUACACAGCAUUGUACGAGAUCUUCAGUUUCUUGGCAAUUUCUCACAUGGAAUAGCCUUCAUUUCUCAGAACAAGAAUAGACUGAUGAGUUUCAGAAGAAAGUUUUUUGUUUCUGGCCAUUUUGAGCCUGUAAUCGAACCCACAAUUGCUGAUGCUCCAGAUACUCAACUAGUCUCAAGAAGGCCAGUUUUAUUGCUUCUUUAAUCAGCACAACAGUUUUCAGCUGUGCUAACAUAAUUGCAAAAUGGUUUUCUAAUGAUCAAUUAGCCUUUUAAAAUGAUAAACUUGAUUUAGCAAACACAACGUGCCAUUGGAACACAGGACUGAAGGUUGCUGAUAAUGGGCCUCUGUACGCCUAUGUAGAUAUUCCAUUAAAAAUCAGCAGUUUCCAGCUACAAUAGCCAUUUACAACUGUAUUUCUGAUCAACUUUAUGUUAUUUGAAUGGACCAUUUUUAAAAUUAUAUUUCGAAAACAAGGACAUUUCUAAGUGACCCCAAACUUUUGAACGGUAGUGUACAUGUAUCUGUACUAAACAAUAUGGUGCACAUAAAACUUUGUGAGAGCGCAUGUUACCGAUUUAGGAAGCAUAAUCAAAACACAAUGUCAUAAAAUGAUUGCAAUGUGGAUUAAUUGUGUUACUUGUUUCCUCAAAUGAUUUGGUUCCUUUUCCAGCAGGCUGUACAAUCUUUUCAAGUCCUACAUUGACAAGGCCCUGCGCAGUACUCUGCAGAAACAGGUGAGGGACAGUGUAAUGCCAGACUACAAACUCAACAGGUUAAUCUUGUUCUGUUCUCUUGACAAUAAUAAUCCCUCUGUUCAUUAUUACAGAUCUGCCCGCUAGUGGCUGAUGCUAUUAUUGACAUGAACCCACAACAAAACGAUCAACGGUAAAACAAGACUUACAGAACUUAUAGUAAUUAACAUAUGUGUUUAUUAUUGUGUUAUUCAUAGGCUACUAAAUGGAUCCUAAAUAUUUCAUAUUUUCUGCCAUCUUGAAGUUCUAGCCAAAGAGGACAAAGAUGCUGAAAUUGAACAUUCCGUUUUGAAAUCAUCCAUUGACUUCAGUCUGAAGGUGAGAACUCCAGAUUUCUGACUCCCAAUCUAUCCUCAAUUCAGAGUUGGAGUCACUAGACCCACAACCUACAACACAAAACAUAGAAACUAACACCCUGGCUCAACAUACGAAAGUCCCCCGAGCCAGGGCGUGACAGUACCCCCCCCCUAAAGGCGCGGACUCCGACCGCGCCAACCAAACACAACAGGGGAGGGACCGGUUGGGCACUCCGCCUAGGCGGCGGAUCCGGCUCCGGGCAUGAUCCCCACUCGCUCUCUAACCCCCCAAAGUACCCCUGGUCCGGUCUGGCCCUGCUGACCGGAGCUGGACUGCACACUGGUGGAGCGGAUUGCUCUAGCUCCGGCGUGAAGCAGCUGACCCGUGCCGAACCAGGCACCAGUGGAACAGGCACGGGCUGUGCCGGACUGACGACGCACACCACUGGCUUGGUGUGGGGAGCAGGGACGGCCCGAGCCGGGCUGACGAAAUGCACCCCUGACUUGGUGCGGGGAGCAGGAGCGGGCCAAACCGGGCUGACGAAGCGCACCACUGACUUGGUGCGGGGAGCAGGAACGGGCCGAGCCGGGCUGACGAAGCGCACCACUGACUUGGUGCGAGGAGCAGGAACGGGCCGAGCCGGGCUGACGAAGCGCACCACUGACUUGGUGCGGGGAGCAGGAACGGGCCGAGCCGGGCUGACGAAGCGCACCACUGACUUGGUGCGGGGAGCAGGAACGGGCCGAGCCGGGCUGACGAAGCGCACCACUGACUUGGUGCGGGGAGCAGGAACGGGCCGAGCCGGGCUGACGAAGCGCACCACUGACUUGGUGCGGGGAGCAGGAACGGGCCGAGCCGGGCUGACGAAGCGCACCACUGACUUGGUGCGGGGAGCAGGAACAGACCGGACCGUACUGGGGACACACACCACUGGCCCUACACCGGGAUCUGGAACGGGCCGGACCGGACUGGUAACACACCCCAGUACCUCUCGCCGUGCCUCUCCACCUUCCAUCCCCUCUUCGACCAGUGGCCCCCGUAACCUGGCGGCCUCCUCUGCCAAUCCGCUGGACCGCUCUAUCGCGGCCUCCUGCUGCCCCGACGUCGUGAGCCCCCCCCUAAAAAAUUUCUGGGGGUCUCUCCUCCCCGUGGGCCAGGCCUCUAUCGUUCUCGCCCAACUCUCGCUCUUCUGUCUCCAACUCCCGCUAUUCAGCUCCUCAAUGGGCUUGACCCAGUCGAAGCUCUUCCUCCAUUGUUCCCAAGUCCACUCUCUCUGCUCUUCCCUCGGCUUGACCCAGUCGAGGCUGCCACGGAGAUCUGCUAGGGAUCUCCCUGGCGAUGGCUCCUCGACUCGCUGCUUGGUCCAGUUGGGGUGGUUUCUUCUGUCACGAUCGUCUAAGGAGGAGGACCAAUGCGCAGCGUUGAAGGUGAACAUAUUUAUUAUAUAAAUGAUCACACGAUCAAAACAACAGACGAUAACGUGAUGUCUACGGUUGAACACAAACCAAAUAAGAACAAGAAACCACAAAGAAUGAAAGCCUAACGGCUACCUAAGUAUGACUCCCAAUCAGAGACAACGAGCUACAGCCGUCUCUGAUUGGGAGCCACCCUGGCCAACAUAGAAAAGCAAAACUAGACCCACAACCUACAACACAAAACAUAGAAACUAACACCCUGGCUCAACAUACGAAAGUCCCCCGAGCCAGGGCGUGACAUGUUGUAUUCGGCGCAUGUGGCAAAUACGAUUUGAUUUGAUUUGUACUCCGAGCAUGCGCUGACCAACUGGCAAGUGUCUUCACUGACAUUUUCAACCUCUCCUUGUCUGAGUCUGUAAUACCAACAUGUUUCAAGCAGACCACCAUAGUCCCUGUGCCCAAGAACACUAAGGUAACCUGCCUAAAUGACUACCGACCCGUAGCACUCACGUCUGUAGCCAUGAAGUGCUUUGAAAGGCUGGUCAUGGCUCACAUCAACAACAUUAUCCCAGAAACCCUAGACCCACCCUAAUUUGCAUACCGGCCCAACAGAUCCACAGAUGAUGCAAUCUCUAUUGCACUCCACACUGCCCUUUCACACCUGGACAAAAGGAACACCUAUGUGAGAAUGCUAUUCAUUGACUGCAGCUCAGCGUUCAACACCAUAGUGCCCUCAAAGCUCAUCACUAAGCUAAGGACCCUGGGACUAAACACCUCCCUCUGCAACUGGAUCCUGGACUUCCUGACGGGCCGCCCCCAGGAGGUAAGGGUAGGUAACAUCACAUCCACCACGCUGAUCCUCAACACGGGGGCCCCUCAGGGGUGCGUGCUCAGUCCCCUCCUGUACUCCCUGUUCACUCAUGCCAGGCACGACUCCAACACCAUCAUUAAGUUUGCAGAUGACACAACAGUGGUAGGCCUGGUCACCGAUAACGAUGAGACAGCCUAUAGGGAGGAGGUCAGAGACCUGGCCGUGUGGUGCCAGGACAAUAACCUCUCCCUCAACGUGAUCAAGACAAAGGAGAUGAUUGUGGACUACAGGAAAAAGAAGAGGACCGAGCACACCCCCAUUCUCAUCGACGGGGCUGUAGUGGAGCAGGUUGAGAGCUUCAAGUUCCUUGGUGUCCACAUCACCAACAAACUAACAUGGUCCUAGCACACCAAGACAGUCGUGAAGAGGGCACGACAGCUGCACCAUCGAGAGCAUCCUGACUGUUUGCAUCACUGCCUGGUAUGGCAACUGCUCGGCCUCAGACCGCAAGGCACUACAGAGGGUAGUGCGUACGGCCAAGCUUCCUGCCAUCCAGGACCUCUAUACCAGGCGGUGUCAGAGGAAGGCCCUAAAAAGACUCCAGCCACCCUAGUCAUAGAUGGUUCUCGCUGCUACCGCACGGCAAGCGGUACCGGAGCGUCAAGUCUAGGUCCGAGAGGCUUCUAAACAGCUUCUACGCCCAAGCCAUAAGACUCCUAAACAUCUAAUCAAAUGGCUACCCAGACUAUUUGCAUUCCCCCCCCCAUUUUACGCUGCUGCUACUCUCUGUUUAUUAUCUAUGCAUAGUCACUUUAAUAACUCUACCUACAUGUACAUAUUACCUCAAUUACCUUGACUAACCGGUGCCCCCGCACAUUGACUCUGUACCAGUACCCCCUGUAUAUAGCCUCGCUAUUGUUAUUUUACUGCUGCUCUUUAAUUAUUUGUUACUUCUAUAUUAUAAUUUUUGGGGUAUUCUUUCUUAAAACUGCAUUGUUGGUUAAGGGCUUGUAAGUAAGCAUUUCACUGUAAGGCUGUAUUUGGUGCAUGUGACAAAUAGAAUUUGAUUUGAUAUGAUUUUAAAAAAUUGUGAAUGAAUAAGCCUUUUCAUACUCUAUAAUACAGUAUGUCCAUAUAUAGUUAUAGUCUGUUUUAGGAACAUCUACUCAAAAUAUUUCACCUUUAUUACUUUACCAAACAUAUCAUGACAUUAGUGAUAGUCAAAAUCUGUUACAUUUGUGAAUGUCUAAAUCAACAUUUGGGCCAUUUAAACAGCGUGUGUCCCUCCUAUAGACAAGAGGUGAAGGGCUAUGUAAAGGGAUCGAUUUUGUCGUUCUGAGCAUAUGCAAUGUGUCUGCCUCCGAUGUAAUACAAAUGUUUGACUUCCACACAAAAUUUAUGAUUGACUUAUUUUAGGUUUAAGGAAGUGUAUAGGUCACUUUCUUUAUCGUAGAGCUAUGAACUUUAUUUAUUUAGAUCCGCCUGCUCGAGACAAAUUCGGCGAUUGCUUUGCCAUGGCUGUGCCCUGAAGCAGUCGAGCUGGAUAAAUGUUUUUCUAAGGACCGCCCCUUUGAUGUAACGUUGCAGUGAAGUGAUAUAAAUGGAUGUAAUGAUGCUAAUAUAAGUUUAUUCCACAGAGGACGUUUACAUGGUCCUACUGUAGCAAGGUCUGGAUGGCUGCCUUCUGACAGUGGGAUAUCAUUAAAAUAAGUAACGUAAACAUAUACAUAUUUUUUAAAUUAAUUAUAGUACCCGAUUUCGGGGACUGUCAGUUUAAGACUGAACACUGAAUCUAAACAGUGAAAUUGUAUCAAACAAGUUGGACUUGACAACUUCUUACUGAUGGAUCUGAGAGUGGCUGUGAUACCAAAGGUCAAUGGUGAAUGCUUUGUUUCACUGUACAUUAUACAUUAUUUACAUUCUAUAAACAUUGCACUGAUUGGCCACUGGAAAACCAUGCAUUUGUAUCUUAUAGGUCGCCUAGAGAAGGGUUUUCCUCUUCCCUCUAUUGGAAAGAUGAACCUUGUCAACACUCAGCUGCAGGUCCUGAAGGUAACGUCAGAUAUCUAAGAGAUCAUUGCUUUCUACAUCUCUUCUCACAUCUCUUCUCACAUCCAAUAUCUCUUAUACUGUAGCCAGUGUGUGUCCAUGUCCUAUAUUUGACAAACUACUGUUGCUUUUCUGUCUCCAGGACUACAUGCUGAUUGGGACAGACGUUCAGUUCACAGGAUAAGUGCCAUGUAAAUCAGAAUGCAAGUCAUCAUUAAUCGAUUGUCAUACGUCAAAUCAAAUCAAAUCAAACCAAUGAGACAUGUAAUUAAGGUUCGCAAAUCAAAUCUAUUACACUGUACAUGUAUACUCUCAAACAAUAAACCACAUUCUGAAAUGCUUAAAUACUGUAUCUUCCAAUCUUUUCGGUUUUCCACUUCUAUUCAAUUAUGUAAUUUAUAAUUAAUACAUUUGUAUAAAUAAACAAACAUCAUUAAAGCUUUUUUUCAUUUGACAACUGUCUUCAAGUGCUUUGAAUGGUUUGUUUCUUAUAAGUGACUACUAAUGCCCUUAUAAGCACCUAGCCAUUUAAAUAAACAAUACAUCAUAGCAAAGCUUGACAUGAUAUGUGUUCAUACAUACAGUAUAAUUGAAGGAGAGAUAAGUCUUGCUGUGAUAUAAAAUAUAAAAUGUUGUCGUAUGGCAGAAUGAGAGGGUACCUUGACCGGACAUAUGCCUUGUCAAAGCAACUGGAAACUCGGAAAUCUCAGACUUCAGUGCGUUGAAGACAACUGGGAACUCGGAAAAAAACUAGCUCCUACUGGUAAAAUUGAUUUGAGCGGUCAUCCAAGUCGGAAUUCCAAGUCGGAAACUCUGGCAUCUUUGUAGAAAUCCAACUUUCCAUCCUAAAGAUCACUGAUGUCAUGAUUUGACCUUGUUUUUUCCCCGAGUUUCCAGUUGUCUUGAAAGCACCAAUGGUUGAUGGGGGCUGUGUGUGUGUGUGUGUGUGUGUGUGUGUGUGUGUGUGUGUGUGUGUGUGUGUGUGUGUGUGUGUGUGUGUGUGUGUGGGCUGACCAGCCACUUCCUGUCGAGGUAAGAUCAUCUUUCACAUUUCCAUCGUUCCACCCACACAGGUCCUGGGCUGAUCUCUAGGGUGUUUUCACAUAUACAGUUGAAGUCCGAAGUUUACCUACACCUUAGCCAAAUACAUUUAAACUCAGUUUUUCACAAUUCCUGACAUUUAAUCCUAGUAAAAAUUCCCUGUUUUAGGUCAGUUAGGAUCACCACUUUAUUUUAAGAAUGUGAAAUGUCAAAAUAAUAGUAGAGAGCUUUUAUUUCUUUCAUCACAUUCCCAGUGGGUCAGAAGUUUACAUACACUAAAUUAGUGUUAGCAUUUCGGGUAGCCUUCCACAAGCUUCCCACAAUAAGUUGGGUGAAUUUUGGCCCAUUCCUCCUGACAGAGCUGGUGUAACUGAGUCAGCUUUGUAGGCCUCCUUGCUCGCACACGCUUUUUCAGUUCUGCCCACACAUUUUCUAUAGGAUUGAGGUCAGGGCUUUGUGAUGGCCACUCCAAUACCUUGACUUUGUUGCCCUUAAGCCAUUUUGCCACAACUUUGGAAGGAUGCUUGGGGUCAUUGUCCAUUUGGAAGACCCAAUUGCGACCAAGCUUUAACUUCCUGACUGAUGUCUUGAGAUGUUACUUCAAUAUAUCCACAUCAUUUUCCUUCCUCAUGAUGCCAUCUAUUUUCUGAAGUGCACCAGUCCCUCCUGCAGCAAAGCACCCCCACAACAUGAUGCUGCCACCCCCGUGCUUCACGGUUGGGAUGGUGUUCUUUGGCUUGCAAGCCUUCCCCUUUUUCCUCCAAACAUAACGAUGGUCAUUAUGGCCAAACAGUUCUAUUUUUGUUUCAUCAGACCAGAGGACAUUUCUCCAAAAAGUAAGAUAUUUGUUCCCAUGUGCAGUCGCAAACCAUAGUCUGGCUUUUUAAUGGCGGUUUUGGAGCCGUGGCUUCUUCCUUGCUGAGUAGCCUUUCAGGUUAUGUCGAUAUAGGACUCAUUUUACUGUGUAUAUAGAUACUUUUGUACCUGUUUCCUCCAGCAUCUCCACAAGGUCCUUUGCUGUUGUUCUGGGAUUGAUUUUCACUUUUCGCACCAAAGUACGUUAAUCUCUAGGAGACAGAACGUGUCUCCUUCCUGAGCGGUAUGACGGCUGCGUGGUCCCAUGGUGUUUAUACUUGCGUACUAUUGUUUGUACAGAUGAACACGGUACCUUCAGGCGCUUGGAAAUUGCUCCCAAGGAUGAACCAGACUUGUGGAGGUCUACACAUUUUAUUCUGAGGUCUUGGCUGAUUUCUUUUGAUUUUCCCAUGAUGUCAAGCAAAGAGGCACUGAGUUUGAAGGUAGGCCUUGAAAUACAUCCACAGGUACACCUCCAAUUGACUCAAAUUAUGUCAAUUAGCCUAUCAGAAGCUUCUAAAGCCAUGACAUCAUAUUCUGGAAUUUUCCAAGCUGUUUAAAGGCACAGUCAACUUAGUGUAUGUAAACUUCUGACCCACUGGAAUUGUGAUACAGUGAAUUAUAAGUGAAAUAAUCUGUCUGUAAACAAUUGAAAAAUUACUUGUGUCAUGCACAAAGUAGAUAUCCUAACCGACUUGCCAAAACUAUAGUUUGUUAACAAGAAAUUUGUGGUUGAAAAACGAGUUUUGGAAAAACGAGUGGUUGAAAAACGAGUUUUAAUGACUCCAACCUAAGUGUCUAUAAACUUCUGACUUCAACUGUAGUCCUCCAAAAGAACCGAUCUCAGUCCUCUUUAAAGUGAACUCUAUUCACACUGCCUUUGCCUUUAAAUAAGGACUCAGCUCCAUUGCCAGUUCACUUCAACUGUUUUGUGGUCCGAAUCCUCUUUGUAUUCACAUUGAUUGCUAUGUUUAGAAAGGAAUCAAUAUCUUUUCCCAACGUUCACUCAAUGCAUUCUAGGUAAUUAAACACAUUUCAUCAGAACCUGUUAUCGGACAGCUAAGAAUAUACCUACUUACGUUUUGGAAGCUAAUAGAUUGCAUUUAGUUAAAAGAUAAGACAUAAUUAUAAUGAAAAGAUAACAUUUACUUGUAAAUAUUAUUAGUAACAUGAUAAAUAGCAGAAGAAUAACUGCAGAUUAAAUAUUGCUGUAAUUGAACAUUGUACACCCAAUAUAGACUACUGCCCCUUUAAGAACUAACAUUGAUUUUGUACCCUAUGUUGUGAUUCUCACCAAAUGUAUUCUUCUCACAUUAUUCAAAUAUCUGACUACAGGGAGUUGAGACCAUCUGCACAAUCACAUUACAGGCCUGACAAGCCGUUUGAAAGUGUCCUGUUUCCUGAGUGCAAUGCCCUUGGUUUCCCCUUUCUCAAUUUACCUUUCUACUGAUUUACUUUGUCAUUGUGAGGCAAUGCAGUGAAAGUUAUGUAGACACAGUGGUGGAAAAAGUACCCAAUUGUCAUACUUUAGUAAAAGUAUAAAUACCUUAAUAGAAAUUUACUCACGUAAAAGUGAAAGUCACCCAGUAAAUACUAAAUAAAGUCUAAAAGUAUUUGGUUCUAAAUAUACUUAAGUAUCCAAAAGUAAAUGUAAUUACUAAAAUAUACUUAAGUAUCAAAAGUAAAAGUAUAAAUCAUUUCAAAUUCCUUAUAUUAAGCAAAGCAGACGGCACCAUUUUCUUGUUUUAAAAAUUUACGGAUAACCAGGGGUACACUGCAACACUCAGACAUAAUUUACAAACGAUGCAUUUGUGUUUAGAGAGUCUGCCAGAUCAGAGGCAGUAGGGAUGACCAGGUAUUCUCUUGAUAAGUGAAUGAAUUGGACCAUUUUCCUGUCCUGCUAAGCAUUCAACAUGUAAUGGGUACUUUUUGGUGUCAGGGAAAAUGUAUGGAGUAAAAAGUACAUUAUUUUCAUUAUGAAUGUAGUGAAGUAAAAGUAAAAGUUGUCAAAAACAUAAAUAGUGAAGUAAAGUACAGAUACCCAAAAAAAACUACUUAAGUAGUACUUUAAAGUAUUUGUACUUAAGUACUUGACACCACUGUGUAGACAUUAGAUUAUCAAACAGUCAUCAUGAUGUUUGCUCAGUAUGAUGUUUACAUCCAAUUAAAGCCUGAUAAUAUGAAAUAAUCUCUUACAGUACAUAUUGUUACCAUUGUCAACAAGACCCCCAAUCAUUAAAUGUGCUUAUGUACCUGUUGGGCAAAUCAGUGACGUAACAAGAAAGUCAAGAUCAAUAUUCACAAAUCACUCUUUCUAUUAUCUACAGUGAGGGAAAAAAGUAUUUGAUCCCCUGCUGAUUUUGUACGUUUGCCCACUGACAAAGAAAUGAUCAGUCUAUAAUUUUAAUGGUAGGUUUAUUUGAACAGUGAGAGACAGAAUAACAACAACAAAAUCCAGAAAAACGCAUGUCAAGAAUGUUAUAAAUUGAUUUGCAUUUUAAUGAGGGAAAUAAGUAUUUGACCCCCUCUCAAUCAGAAAGAUUUCUGGCUCCCAGGUGUCUUUUAUACAGGUAACGAGCUGAGAUUAGAAGCACACUCUUAAAGGGAGUGCUCCUAAUCUCAGUUUGUUACCUGUAUAAAAGACACCUGUCCACAGAAGCAAUCAAUCAAUCAGAUUCCAAACUCUCCACCAUGGCCAAGACCAAAGAGCUCUCCAAGGAUGUCAGGGACAAGAUUGUAGACCUACACACGGCUGGAAUGGGCUACAAGACCAUCGCCAAGCAGCUUGGUGAGAAGGUGACAACAGUUGGUGCGAUUAUUCACAAAUGGAAGAAACACAAAAGAACUGUCAAUCUCCCUCGGCCUGGGGUUCCAUGCAAGAUCUCACCUCGUGGAGUUGCAAUGAUCAUGAGAACGGUGAGGAAUCAGCCCAGAACUACACGGGAGGAUCUUGUCAAUGAUCUCAUGGCAGCUGGGACCAUAGUCACCAAGAAAACAAUUGGUAACACACUACGCCGUGAAGGACUGAAAUCCUGCAGUGCCCGCAAGGUCCCCCUGCUCAAGAAAGCACAUAUACAGGGCCGUCUGAAGUUUGCCAAUGAACAUCUGAAUGAUUCAGAGGAGAACUGGGUGAAAAUGUUGUGGUCAGUUGAGACCAAAAUUGAGCUCUUUGGCAUCAACUCAACUCGCCGUGUUUGGAGGAGGAGGAAUGCUGCCUAUGACCCCAAGAACACCAUCCCCACCGUCAAACAUGGAGGUGGAAACAUUAUGCUUUAGGGGUGUUUUUCUGCUAAGGGGACAGGACAACUUCACCGCUUCAAAGGGACGAUGGAUGGGGCCAUGUACCGUCAAAUCUUGGGUGAGAACCUCCUUCCCUCAGCCAGGGCAUUGAAAAUGGGUUGUGGAUGGGUAUUCCAGCAUGUCAAUGACCCAAAACACAUGGCCAAGGCAACAAAGGAGUGGCUCAAGAAGAAGCACAUUAAGGUCCUGGAGUGGCCUAGCCAGCCUCCAGACCUUAAUCCCAUAGAAAAUCUGUGGAGGGAGCUGAAGGUUCGAGUUGCCAAACGUCAGCCUCGAAACCUUAAUGACUUGGAGAAGAUCUGCAAAGAGGAGUGGAACAAAAUCCCUCCUGAGAUGUGUGCAAACCUGGUGGCCAACUACAAGAAACGUCUGACCUCUGUGAUUGCCAACAAGGGUUUUGCCACCAAGUCAUGUUUUGCAGAGGGGUCAAAUACUUAUUUCCCUCAUUAAAAUGCAAAUCAAUUUAUAACAUGCGUUUCUCUGGAUUUUUUUGUUGUUAUUCUGUCUCUCACUGUUCAAAUAAACCUACCAUUAAAAUUAUAGACUGAUCAUGUCUUUGUCAGUGGGAAAACGUACAAAAUCAGCAGGGGAUCAAAUACUUUUUUCCCUCACUGUAUUAGGCUAAAGCAUAGUACAUAGGCCUAAGAGUUAUAUUGUUUCACAAGUUGUACUCUGGACCCCAGAGAUGGAAUUGAUGCGAAGGUUGGCUUAAAUGAUCGGCAGAUAUUGUGUUAGACAGCCAUUUACUGGGAUUUCUUUUGCAUUGCAUUUUAACCCAAAUGAAUAAUUUGAAAUGUCAUAACCAUUAAUUGAUGGCAAAAUAAGCUAUUUUUCCAUCCUGAAAAUAUAAAAGUUCCACAAGCCAGUUUUGGUUUCUUGGUUGGAUAUUCAUUAUCACAAUCGAAAGCUUAGGUUAUUGCAAACAAGUUUCGCUUCAAGAAGCCAGACCAAAUUAAUUAUUAUGUUCUUGAUAAGAGCCCAUGACCGAAUUAUACACUCUACAAGACAUUCCUUUAUUACCACAUGAUCUGGGUUGGAUUUGUAUCAAAUUGUUCAAACCAUGUGUAUCUGAGUGCGCAGUGGAAGGCAUGCAUCGCAUUGUGCUAACUUGCACUAAGAUCCUGUUCUACAGUGCUCUGUCGCACCCGGCCGACCGGGAACUAAUUGGCGGGCACAUUGCCCGCGUCGCCCGGGUGGGAGGGAAUGGCAGCAGGAUGUAUAGUUAAGAGAUGGCUUGCACGCCAGGGUUGUGGUCAAUCCCACGGGGGGCAGUAUAAAAAAAAAAACAUAUAUAUUAAAGUAGUAUCACUACUGUAAGUCGUCUGGAUAGAGGUCUGCUAAAUACAAAAUGUAAAAUGUAAUGGACCUAUUCUCAUUGGACUCAUAACAUUCAUGUUUACUUCUCUUACGUAUAUCCGAACAAAUCAUUCUCUGAAAGGUUGAAUGAAGGUCUAAAAUUGGAUUACUAGAUUGUUCUUCUUUGCACAAUGUUUUCUCCAUGCUCUCUGCGUUAUUUACAGAAUGGGUAGUCAAGUAUCAGUCAGCCCAUUUCUCAAGCAGCUUUUCCUGGUUCAGAGAAGUGAAUCAAAGGCCAUGUGAUUCUCUUCUCCUUUCACUCUGCCCUGCCGCUUGCCAGGGAGCGACAACAACAGAAGAAAUCCUUCACCACUUUCUUAUCAGUGCAUAAGGUAGGUAACUACAGAGUCGUGCAUGUGUAAUUAUGCUUUUUUCUAAUUCAAUCUGUAUCUCAUAUGUAAUGAAUGGUACUGCAUACAAAAUAGACUGGCCUGUUUCUCUCUGUCAAACCUAAAACUGAUUCCAAUGGGGUAGCCAUCAACAAACAGCCAACUCUCUAUAGAUACAGACAGUGGUGUAAAGUACUUAAGUAAAAUAAUAAAGUAAAUUAUUUAUACUUUUACUUUUUAUACUUAAGUAUAUUUAAAACCAAAUACUUUUAGACUUUUACUUAAGUAGUAUUUUACUGGGUGACUUUCACUUUUACUUGAGUCAUUUUCUAUUAAAGUAUCUAUACUUUUACUCAAGUAUGACAAUUGGGUACUUUUUCUAUCACUGGAUACAGAGUUCCUUGACAAACACACCAGUCAAAUGUCUGUGAUUUAGCAGGUCAUCUCUGUCUACUUUCUUCUCCUUGCCUCUGUUCAUUUCAGGCAAACAUAGUUCAAAAUAGGCCCAGCUCACCCGCUAACUCCUCACUGGUCAUGUGGAUUUAUCUGCAACUCUGACAGACAAGCACUUAGUACUUUCAGAGGCCACAAGUGAAUCAAGUCUGGAUUGUUCCAUUUGGGUUUCUUCUCCAUCCCCCAGGGCUCCAAUCAGGACCUGUAAGGCCACGGUGGUGGCUGAUUACAUUGUCUGAUUGUCUCUCGUCGAGAAUCAAUUACCAGACAACAGAAAGAUGUUACCACUCCCACAGUGUUGAUCACGGGGAUUAAGGAUUAGCAUUUGUUGGUCUGGUAAAAAUUGGUGUUUAUAGAAUCUAUUAUGAUUAUCAGAUAAUGAUGCUAGCAGUUCAGGUGCGUUCCGUUUUUUGGCUUUCUCACUGGCGAGCCCAAGAAGGUGCCACUCCCUCCGUAAAAUGAUUUAAAAUAUGGGACUUUGUGUCACAAAGUGUUGAUGGUAUCAGGGAAGCUGUGUGCAACAAACCAGGAAGUAUUUGUCCAUUCUAGAAAUUCCCCUGAUCAGUUAUAAGAUUGUGGCAAAACAUGGUUUCAUUAUUGGUCAAAAGAAAUCAAGUCAGACGUAGGUCAAUAUUAGUGUUGAGACUACAGUGCACAUGUGUCUAGAGUGAAAAUCAGUACCGUUCAAUACAGUGGAAAAUAAGGCUUUACACAAGAAACUGUUCAACCUUAAUGUUCCUCCCAUGAAAACGGAAGCCCAAAAGUCAUAAGAUAUGGAUGUUCCCAAUUAUAUUCAUUGGACAAUAAACAACACCUGUAUUGUAAUGUAGAUAUAUUAUUGUUUGUUCAUCUUCCCUACAGGUGACUGCAGUCAAGAUGUCUCCAUGCUAUUGGCUGGCACUGUUGGCUCUAGUCCCCUUAACUCUGGCUGCCAACCCUGGAGUCAAGGUCAAACUCACAGACAAGGGCAUUGAAUAUGGUAUGUUUGAGGCAUGGGCAAUAAUAUUGCAUGGUUUUAGAUCAAGAUGAGGCUAUGUAUUGUGAUCAUGUGGCAGAGGUACAGUAAAUAUACUAUACUCCUCACAGCCCAUUCUGCCUCAAUGCCUUGCUCUGUCCUGUCCACAGGUAAACAGAUUGGGAUAGCAUCUCUGCAGCAGAAACUUAAGACCAUUAAGGUCCCAGAUCUCUCUGGAACAGUGAAAGUGCCUCCCAUUGGGAAGGUCAAGUACAGUUUGACAGGGUAAGGGAUUAAAUCCAAUAUAUUUUCCCCAAAAAAUAUAUUGCAGUCAAACACAUUGUCAAUUGUCUGCAUAUCUGAUGUAAGCAUUUGUUGAUAAUCAACUGUGCUUACAAAGGCUGUAGUGUUCACAACACGCCUCUAUCCUACCAACUAUGUACUGUGAUCUAUCCUCCAGAAUGACAAUAGUGAAUCUGGAACUUCCCAAGUCUGCUUUGGUACUGGUGCCAGGUACUGGAGUCAGCCUGGCUAUUACUAAUGCCUUCAUCAACCUGCACGGGAACUGGAAGGUCCGAUACUUCAAGUUCAUGUAAGUGCAUGAGGGAUGGUCUGAACACCCUCAAUUUUGAUCCUGGGGACCAACUGGAUUGUACAGGCUUUUUUUCCAAGCAAGCUGUAACAAAAAAACUGCACACCCAGUACAUCCCCAGGACCAGGAUUGAACAACACUAAAACACUGCACAAUUUUCUCUUGGGUCUGUCUGUCUAUACCCCAAAGGACUCAAACAACAUUAUUUUCUCGUUAACGAUCAAGAACAGACAGUGGCUCCUUCGACCUGGCAGUAAAUGGACUCACCAUCACUGCCAGUAUUGCAAUCAAGAGUGAUGAAACUGGCAGGCCAACGGUCAGCAGUGUCAACUGUGUGGCCAACAUUGGCAGAGCCAGCAUCAAGUUCCAUGGUGGGGCCAGGUAACUGGAGUAUAUAGCGGCACUUAACACUAUGGUGUACUAAAAACUUUGUGAGAACGCAUGUUACUGAUUUAGGAAUCAUCAAACCACAAUGUCAAAAAAUUGUUGCAAUGUGGAUUUACUUGUUUCCUCAAAUACUUUGGUUCCUGUUUUCCAGUUGGCUUUACAAUCUUUUCAAGUCCUACAUUGACAAGGCCCUGCGCAGUACUCUGCAGAAACAGGUGAGGGACAGUGUAAUGCCAGACUACAAACUAAACAGGUUAAUCUUGUUCUGUUCUCUUGACAAUAAUAAUCCCUCUGUUCAUUAUUACAGAUCUGCCCCCUAGUGGCUGAUGCUAUUACUGACAUGAACCCACACCUCAAAACUCUCAAUGGUAAAACAAGACUUGAAGGCCAAAUGUAGCCAGUUUUAUAUCAAAUAAUUUCUGGGUAACAAUGAAGUACAUUACUGUAAUAGAUUUCCAUUAAAAUGAACAAAAAUAGCUUUUUUGCAAAACAAUUAUUUCUCAAGCAAGAAUUUUGCUAGGACUAUCUGGGAGUGGUCUGAGGUUUGUUAUUGGUCUAUUAACCAAUUUACCACAUGGUGAUGUCACCAUGGAAAGCCGAAACUCCUGCCCAUGUGUAAACCUGAUGAUUAGAAGGUCCUGUGUAUUUUCAACCAGCAACUAUAAGGAAAUAACACUGAUACAUUUUCUUCAUACUUUUACAGUGUUAGUUUCAUCAGCUGUUGUACAAUAUGAUACAAAACAUAAUUUUGACUGCACUGGGCCUUUAAGCACUUAUCCUCAUGAACAUAUUUGUAUAUUACAGUGUUAUUCAUAGGCUACUAAAUGGAUCCUACAUAUUUAUUUUCUGCCAUCUUGAAGUUCUAGCCAAAGUGGACCAGUAUGCUGAAAUUGAAUAUUCCAUGGUGUCAUCACCCACCAUUUCAAAGUCCUCCAUUGACUUCAGCUUGAAGGUAAAAACUGCAGACUCCUAAUCUACCUUUCAACGCUACAAACAUAUGGGCUCAGUAAGGCAAGAUGUCAAUUCUCCCUCUCUCUCUCUGUCUCCCUCUCUCUGUCUCCCUCUCUGUCUCCCUCUGUCUCCCUCCCUCCCUCUGUCUGUCUGUCUGUCUGUCUGUCUGUCUGUCUGUCUGUCUGUCUGUCUGUCUGUCUGUCUGUCUGUCUGUCUGUCUGUCUGUCUGUCUGUCUGUCUGUGUCUCUCUCUCUCUCUCUCUCUCUCUCUCUCUCUCUCUCUCUCUCUCUCUCUCUCUCUCUCUCUCUCUCUCUCUCUCUCUCUGUGUCCAUCUUUGUCCGUCCGUCUCUCUCUGCAGGGUGAGUUCUACAACAUUGGGAAGCACCAGGAGCCUCCGUUCUCCCCCACGCCCUUCUCCCUGCCUCAGGAAAACAACAUGCUCUACAUCGGGGUCUCUGCCUUCACCCCCAACUCCGCAGGCUUCGUGUACAACAAUGCUGGAGCACUCAGCCUAUAUGUCACAGAUGAUAUGGUGAGUCUGAAUCUGAUUCCCAUCUACAGGGAGUAAGGUUUAACAUAGUCCCAUCUGUUUCAGGGGUGAGGUUAAACAUAACUGUUUCCCCCUGACAGAUCCCUCCUAGCUCUCCCAUCCGACUGAACACCGGAACAUUUGGAGUCUUCAUUCCAGAGGUGAUACACCAGACCCCACUAUCACCAUUCUACCUCCAUAUGAUAUGACUUCAUUUAUUUAGAAUAAAAAAUCUAUUAAAUAUUGAUCAUUAAAAGAGUUUGUCUUUAGUGUCCAUCCAGAGAUGAAAAUGUGCGUUUUGUUCAAACACAUUUACUCUGUGUUCAGGAUACAGUUAACAUUCUUCUCAGGCUUAAAGAGAGAUUAUGUGUGUUGUUUCAGAUAGCGAAGCGUUUCCCUGGAAUGAUGAUGAAGCUGCUGGUGAAGACGGUGAAGGAGCCCACCAUCUCCCUUGAGCCCAACAACAUGACAGUCCAGGCCAGCGGCACAGUGACGGCCUACGCCAUCCAGCCCAACACCACCCUCUCUCCCCUCUUUGUCCUCAACAUGGUCAGUCAGUCUGUCAGUCACUCAGGAAGUAGAAUACUGUAGCUUAGACUUUGAGAGUGAUAAUUAACUCUACAAGCUCUCUUUAUCUCUACAGGAGGGUAGUGUCAGUGCUCGACUGAACGUGACUGGGGUGAAGCUGGCUGGGGCUGUCACUCUGAACAAGUGAGUAUAAUUGGUGCAAAAGGGGAACAAAAGCCCUUCAAAAACUGACCAAAGUAGACUGACAUUAAUACUGUCUGCUUUUCACAGAAUUGAGAUGACUCUGGGAACUAGUUAUGUGGGACAGUUUCAGGUAAGAAUUAUAUUUUCAGAGCUUAUAACAUACAUAUAACUUGCUUUUUAAACACUGAAACACUGAACCUAAACAAUGAAAUGAUAUCAAACAGGUUCAAUCUCUUGACAACAUCUUCCUGAUGGUUCUGAAAGUGGUUGUGAUACCUAAGGUCAAUGGUGAGUGCUUUAUUUCCUUGUUUAUUUAUAUUAAUUGUUUCUGCACUGAUUGGCCACUGGAAAACCAUGCAUUUGUAUCUUAUAGGUCGCCUAGAGAAGGGUUUUCCUCUUCCCUCUAUUGGAAAGAUGAACCUUGUCAACACUCAGCUGCAGGUCCUGAAGGUAACGUCAGAUAUCUAAGAGAUCAUUGCUUUCUACAUCUCUUCUCACAUCUCUUCUCACAUCCAAUAUCUCUUAUACUGUAGCCAGUGUGUGUCCAUGUCCUAUAUUUGACAAACUAGUGUUGCUUUUCUGUCUCCAGGACUACAUGCUGAUUGGGACAGACGUUCAGUUCACAGGAUAAGUGCCAUGUAAAGUCAUCAUUAAUCGAUGAUUGAUCAUAAAUAAAAUCAGAAAUAAAAUCAAACCAAUGAGACAUGUAAUUAAUGUUCGCAAAUCAAAUAUUUUAUACUGUACAUAUAUACUCUCAAACAGUACACCACAUUCUGAAAUGCUUAAAUACUAUAUCUUCCAAUCUUUUCAGUAUUCCACUUCUAUUCAAUUAUGUAAUUUAUAAUGAAUAAAUUUGUAUAAAUAA